UGCCUAGGUCUCUGGAUAUCGCCUUCAUCUCGUUGACCGGCCUGUUAUACGUCAAGAUCUCGACGAGUGCGGACACUGCCACGUCUGUCCAACGACGAGGCUGAACACUGGCAGAAAUAAUGUCUUCCGAAACUAGUCUCCAGGGCGCUCCGAGAGAUGCUGAAAGCGGAAACAUCGAAAAGGGCUCAGCUACACCUCAGAUCCUUGACUCGGCGGCACCGACGCUCAACGCUGUAGGCGAUGACGUGCAACAGAAAGAUCUCGCAGAGACCGGGGACCAAGCCGAGAAUCCGAAGGACGAUGAAGACAGCUAUCCCGACGGAGGUCUUCAAGCAUGGCUAGUUGUUGUUGGGGGAAUGUGUACGACGUUCUCGACGUUCGGCUAUGUCAAUUCGUGGGGUAUCUUCCAGGGAUAUUAUCAAGAGACUGUCUUGAAAGAUGAGCCAACAUCCGCGAUUGCGUGGAUAGGCUCGAUUCAGUAUGCCCUCAUCUUCGUACCGGGUUUGGUCAUUGGAAGAUUAUUCGACCUCGGGUACUUCAAAAGUAUCUUCACCUUCUUUAGCAUCAUCCUCGUCGGAUCGACCUUCCUCAUCCCCCUAUGCACAAAGUACUGGCACUUUCUCCUAUGUCAAGGGUUCGCAGUCGGGCUUGCGUGUGGUUGUCUGUUCGGACCGACGCCUGCGAUUAUAGCGCAUUGGUUUAAGAAACGGCGCGGGAUUUCGAUGGGUAUUAUGGCGGUGGGCUCGUCGAUAGGUGGAACUGUUAUGCCUAUUGCCGCACGGAGUCUGCUCCCAACCGUAGGCUUCGCUUGGACAAUGCGGAUUUUCGGAUUCAUAUUCCUCGGAACGAUGGGACUGGCCAACGUGCUACUCAGAAGGAGGCUUCCUCCACGGAACGUCCCAGGAGGACUGUUCAAUUGGGCAGUUUUCAAGUCGGCCGCGUUCUCUGUUUACUGCGUGUCUGGCCUUGUCACGUACUUGGGCGUUUAUACCAGUAGGCUCAACCGCUCUUCCCCAAUGCAUUCGACGCUAACCUCAAUAAUAGUGCUGACCUAUGUCAGCGUAAGCGCCACAAGAAUAGGAAUCUCGAACGACUUCUCAUUCUAUUUUGUCGCCAUUGCCAACGCUAGUUCUUUGUUCGGUCGGUAUACGGCUGGAUACCUCUGCGACAUUAUCGGCCCGAUGAACGUGAUGAUCCCGUUCACCGCUGCAGCUGGGAUCCUUACUUAUGCAUGGCCCUUUGCUCAAUCCAAAGGCUCGCUGAUAGCAGUGACGAUUCUUUACGGAUUUGCUUCAGGAACCUACGUCUCCCUCCUCACCAACCCUAUUUUUGAACUCGGUGGAACAGGAGACGUCGGUCGACGAGUUGGGAUGUUCACGAACAUCCUUGCGAUUGGAGCGGUCGCGGGCCCCCCGAUUUCUGGUGCCAUCCUGACUGCGUCGGGGGGAUUUAAAAUGGUGGGGUACUAUGCCGGUAAGUUUUUAUUACUUUGAAGUGGAGCGGUGUGUGUGCACAGGGCUGAUGCUUGAGGGAACUCUAAAAGGGACAAUGGUUCUCGUGGGCGUAGGCCUCAUGUGUGUCUCGAGACAUUUGGUGUUGAGGAGGUUGAUUGGAAAAUUAUAGACGGAUAGAGACAGCCUUUCGGAAUGGAUGUUUUUAGACUUAGAAUGAGACCCUGAUUUUUA